AUGGAGUCGGCGCGUACUGCCCGCGAAGCUGAGCAGAAGAAAGCGGAGGAGCUGCAGGCGCAGAUUGCGGCGCUACAAGCCCAACUGUCGACGGUAGACCCAAGCGUUCUCGCCGAGACCAGGAAGCCCACGAAGCGUAAAGAACCUGAAGACAAAGUCCUUGCACCUGCGACACCUUCACCCAAGAAGAAACGUCGCGUAUACGACGAUGACGAUGAGCGGCUACCUAUACCCUUCCAUCUGCCAAAGGUCAGCAAGCCAGCACCCAAGCAGCCCGCACCCGUGAAACCUUCGCCAUCAAUUCCGCCAGGAAGGUCGAAUCUACUCUCAAAACUCGCCAGCUCCAGUAAGAAGGCAGAUGAGGAAGAGCCCACACGAACAAGAUCAUCAGGCUUCGCUGAACGCCCACCCACUCCACCGAACCUAAACGCCCCAAAGCGAGAUGAGAACCUCGCGAUCAUCGACGAAGUCCCGAUCGGUCCUGAGGACCAUAAAGCACCCUUCGAUGAUCCAACCUUCCAGAAGCUCGAACCCAACUCUGGCAUCAGGCUUUCAUCUCGCAUCCUACCACACGAAGACCUGCAAGAGCAUCUUCGCGGUCGUCACUACCUCUCACCCUCCCGCCUCUACUCCAACGUCCGACUUCUCCCAGACAAAUCCUCCUACGACGUCCCCGUCGAAGGUGACUGGGUCACUAUUGCCGUUGUAGCUGAGCGUGGGGCCGUCAAGCAAACACACGCGCCAGAAACGGUCGACCGAGACGAUGAGGGCAAGCCAAAACGUGGCCAACCUCCUCCGCCCGAGAAGCCGCGCAGCAAGCGCUUCAUCAGCUUCACUCUCGUCGACUUCGGAGCGCGCAAGUCUUCGUCGGCAACUGGUGGCACAUCAGUAAUUCGUGGAGAUGCCUUGCUACGAUUACUCCUAUUCGAGGCGGACUCCUGCGACUUGGUCCAGCACGAUGACGGACGCAAGCCCACCAAGGUCUAUCGGGGUGGCAGUCGAGGCGCAUUCGAGGCGCUCUCGAAAGUGAAGGAGGGCGAUGUGAUAGCUCUACUGAACCCGCGACUGCUCAAGCCUUUCCAGAAAGCCGGCGACAAGCCCCACCCUCGCAGCAACGUCCUCGCCGUCACCCCCGAGAACGCCGAGUCCAUCGCCAUCAUAGGCCGCGCGCGCGACCUCGGCCUGUGCGCCGUCACCAAAGCCGACGGCAAGCAGUGUCUCGCCUGGUUCGACAAGCGCGUCAGCGAGGUCUGCGACUACCACGUCCAGCAGGCCGUGCAGCGCAGCCGCGCCUCGCGCCCCGAGUUCACCGCGAGCACGAACGGGAUGUCCGCUUCCGCGAAGCACAAGCAGAAGCACGGGUACGACCCAAGGCGGCGGUGGGGCCUGCAGCCGGAGCAGGAGACGGGCGGCGCGACGUAUGUGCUAGGCGGGCAUGUAGUGCGCAAUGGGGGCGGUGGGGGUGGGGAGAUGUUCGUGGGAGAGCGUAUUGGGCGGGAUGCGCAGGCGAAGGCGGCGCGUGCGAUGCAGGCCAAAUCGGACAAGGAGACGCUGCAGGCGCUGGCGAAGCGGGAUAAGGAGGGUAUGCGGGAUGUGUUAGCGGCAAGGGAGGCGGCGGCGCGGUUGAAAGAGAAGGAACGAAAGGAAAGGGAGAAGAGUGGGAAGGGGAAGGAGCAGGAUAAGGGGAAGGGGAAAGAGCGAGCGGCGGAAGAGCAAGCGAGGAAGGAGAGGGAGAAGGAGGAGGCGGAGGACCGGCCGAGGUACACGGCGGACAUGAUCAAGAACUUGGGCUUCGACCCAUCGCUGAAGCCGGGGCAGCAUAGGCAGAGCGAUGCGGAGAUGCAGAGCAAGCUCGACGCGCUUUCCAACUUGGCUGCUUCGCGCAAAGUUGUCCUUGGUCCGCGACCGGGGCAGAAGAUUCGGUCUGGCGUCGUUGCGCCCAAGCAGGAGCUCGUCGACUUGUCGGAUUCUGAGGAAGAGAGCACGGACUGGGAUGACGCGAAAAAGGAGGCAUGGAAGGAGCGCAUAUUGGAGCGGAAGAUGUGGGCGGAAGCAGAGGCAUAG